AUGGAGCAUCAACAACCGCAUUUCCUGCAAAACCCCCCGAAGCGGAGAAAACUCGACCUGGGAGAGAGUCUCAGGCCACUCUCCCACGAUGACUACACCAUCGGCUGGGUGUGUGCUCUUGCCAUUGAGGCAGCGGCAGCAAUGGCCAUGCUGGAUCAAAUCCAUCCAGCCUUGCCCACUCACGCGCGAGACAGCAAUUCGUAUACCCUCGGGUCCAUCGGCCGUCAUAAUAUCGUGAUCGCUUGUCUCCCCGCCGGCAUCUAUGGCACCACGUCAGCAGCCACUGUCGCCAGCAAUAUGUUCAUCAGUUUUGGAUCGAUUCAUCAUCUAGUUAUGGUCGGGAUCGGGGGAGGGGUGCCGUCUGCAUCGGUGGAUAUCUGGCUUGGGGAUGUCGUGGUGAGCAUUCCCACUCCCUGCUGCGAGGGCGUGGUGCAAUACGACUAUGGUAAGGCCAUCAGAAAAGGGCACUUUGAGCGCACAGGCACUUUGAAUAAGCCGUCCACUGCCCUUCUGACAGCAGUCAAUAACGUUCGGGCGGCGGACCUCCGCAAUGGCAGCCAGAUACCCGUCCUGAUAUCGGAGAUGUUGGCGCGUAAUCCGCAGAUGGUGGAGACGUUCACGUCUCCCGGCUCUCAGAGAGACCUUCUUUUUGCUUCAGAUUACGAACAUGACCCAGCUGAACCGACCUGCGAGUUUUGCGACCGUGAAAAACUGCUUAUCCGGUCGACACGCAGCUCUGAUCGGCCGGUUGUUCACUACGGCCUGAUCGCAUCCGGAAACCAAGUGAUAAAGCAUGCACAAACCCGCGAUUUGCUUGCAGCGGAGCUCAAUGGCAUAUUAUGUUUCGAAAUGGAAGCGGCUGGGCUGAUGGACAACUUUCCAUGUCUUGUCAUCAGAGGUGUUUCGGACUACUCAGACUCGCAUAAAAACAAGGACUGGCAGGGUUAA